AUGCUGAUCUUCAACCAUUCCAGCUUCAUGAUCUUCACUCUGAUGGGUGUACCUGGCUUAGAGUCACAGCACUUGUGGCUCUCUCUUCCUUUCUCCUCCAUGUUUUUGGCUAUUCUCAUUAGCAAUAGUGCUAUCCUCUUCCUGGUGGCCACAGAGCCUACACUUCAUACACCAAUGUACCUACUCCUGGCCCUGCUGAUGUUGGCUGACCUCAUAUCCACUCUGGCUCUGGUGCCCAAGCUUCUCUGCCUCUUCUGGUUCAAUGAUAGGGACAUAGCUGUCAAUGCCUGUUUCACUCAGAUGUUUUUCAUACAUGGAGCAUCCGUGGUGCGAUCAUCCCUACUAGUUGCAAUGGCCUUUGACCGCUUUGUGGCUGUGUGUAAGCCAUUACGCUAUAACACAAUUCUGAGCCAUUCCCUAGUUGGACGCCUGGGGCUGGUGGCUCUAGCCAAGGGUAUGCUUCUUAUCCUGCCCAUGCCUCUUCUGCUUCAAAGGUUAACCUUCUGCCACACGGUCAUUCCUCACACCUACUGUGACCACAUGGCCUUGGUGAAAAUGGCUUGUAACCACACCAGACCCAAUCGUAUCUAUGGGCUCUUUGUGAUCCUUCUUGUGGUGGGACUUGAUCUGCUGCUCAUUGGCUUCUCUUAUGCCCUCAUCCUGCGGGCUGUGAUACACCUCAACUCUAGAAAUGCCACCUGCAAAGCCCUCAACACCUGCUCAGCCCACCUCUUUGUCAUCCUUGUCACUUACGUACCUGCACUCUUUUCCUCUAUCACUCACCGCAUUGGUCGCAACAUCCCAACUCAUGCCCAUAUUCUCCUUUCCAAUAUCUACCUUCUCCUACCCUCAAUGCUCAACCCCAUCAUCUAUGGCAUAAAGACGAAGGAAAUACAAGACAAGGUGGCCAAGUGCCUGGGCAGAGGAGCUGCAUAG